AUGGUUGAGUCCAGCAGGCUUAUGUAUAUUAGAAAUAAUCAAAAGUCCUUGAGUUGUGAAGCAUACAAAGGCCUGUCAGAUGCGUUGACCAGAGGAAAAGUUGAUACUAGCAAACAAGGUAAACGAAUAAUAUUGCCAUCCAGUUUUACUUGUGGUGCUAGAUAUAUGAUCCAAAACUAUCAGGAUGCUAUGGCCAUUUGUCGACAUAAGGGUUAUCCAAAUUUAUUCAUCACAUUUACAUGCAACCCGAAGUGGCCGGAGAUUCAAAGAUACAUGAAAAAAUGCAACCUCAACGCUGAAGAUAGGCCAUACAUUGUAUGUAGGGUGUUUAAGAUGAAGUUGGACUGCUUAGUCAAAGAGAUACGGUCGGGUAAACUGUUCGGUACAGUUACUGCAGUUGUAUAUACCAUUGAAUUCCAGAAGCGGGGUUUACCACAUGCUCACAUUAUAGUCUUUCUGGAAAGAUUGUCAACACCAUUUACGGCAGAAUCAGUGGACAAAUUCGUUUCAACUGAAAUUCCUGAAAAACAUGUUGACAUGGAAUACUACAAAGCUGUUGAAGAAUUUAUGAUUCAUGGACCAUGUGGAUUACAUAGACCAAAAUCUCCAUGCAUGGUAAACAAUAAGUGUUCAAAGCACUUCCCAAAGAAAUUUGUUAAUGUAUCAACUUGGGAUGAUGAUGGGUAUCCAUUGUACAAACGAAGGGAAAGUUCUAGAAUUGUGGAGAAGAAUGGUGUGCAGUUGGAUAGCAGAUAUGUGGUACCACAUAAUAGAUACUUGCUUCUCAAGUAUAAGGCACACAUCAAUGUGGAGUGGUGCAAUCAAUCUAGGGCGAUCAAAUAUCUUUUUAAGUACGUGAACAAAGGCAACGACAGGGUCAUUACAGAAUUCUAUAAAAGCACAAAUGAUGACCAACAGAAUGACACGGUUGAUGAAAUAGCAAUGUAUUACGAUUGCAGGUAUGUCUCUGCUUGUGAGGCAACUUGGCGUCUUUUAAGCUACGAUGUCCAAUUUAGGUACCCCCCAGUUGAAAGAUUAAGCUUCCAUCUACCUGAAUGUCAAUCUGUUGUUUUUGAGGAUGAUGAUCGUAUAGAUAAUGUCUUGAAUCGACCAACGGUCAAUCAAAGUAUGUUCACUGCUUGGUUUGAGGCAAACAAGAAUUUUGAUUCAGCGAAGCAGUUGCCAUACAUUGACAUGGCAACAAAGUUUGUUUGGAAGAAGGAUAUCAGAGAGUGGCAUCCCAGGCAGAGGGGGUUCUCAAUUGGAAGAAUUUUUUAUGUACCUCCAGGAAGUGGUGAAAUAUACUACUUGAGAUGUCUUCUAAAUGUAGUUCGAGGGCCGACUAAUUUUGAGGACAUCAAGUCAUAUAAGGGUGUCAUAUACCCCACUUUUCGAGAUACAUGUUACGCUAGAGGUUUGUUAGAUGAUGACAAAGAAUACAUUGACGCCAUUGUCGAAGCAAGCCAGUGGUCUACUGCUCAGUCAAUGAGGAAAUUGUUUGUCAUAUUACUUACUUCGAACUUGGUGAAUCGCCCGGAAAAUGUGUGGAAUGUAGUGUGGCAACAUCUAGCAGAAGAUGUACAAUUUAACAAGCGCAAAGUGUUGCAACAAGAAGAUUUGUGUUUGUCUGAUGACGAGAAGAAGAAUUUGUCCUUGAUUGAAAUAGAGCGUGUGUUACAGUCCUACAACAAGUCAUUGAAAGAUUACCCGAAUAUGCCACUUCCAAACUUCGAUGAUGCUGUUCGUUGUGAUAAUCGUCUGUUGUGGGAUGAGCUUGAUUACGAUCGUGACGCAUUAUUAAAGGAGAGUCAAACAAUGGAGAGGCAAUUGACGGAUGAGCAAAAAGUUGUGUACGAAACUGUAGUAAAUGAUGUAGACCACCAAAAGGGGGGGUUGUACUUUGUCUACGGGUACGGUGGAACUGGGAAAACAUUUGUUUGGAGAGCGUUGUCUGCAAAAAUUCGCUCGAGAGGGGAUAUUGUCAUAAACGUAGCAUCGAGUGGAAUCGCAUCUUUACUGCUCCCUGGCGGCCGAACAACACACUCGAGGUUUGCCAUACCUAUUACAGUCACCGAGGAUUCAACCUGCAACAUCACCCAAGGUAGCAACUUGGCCGAACUCAUUAUACAGUGCAAACUAAUAAUAUGGGAUGAAGCACCGAUGAUGCACAAGCAUUGCUUCGAGGCACUGGAUAGGACAUUGCGGGAUCUACUUCGGUUCACUGAUCAGAAUGCUGGAAACCGAACUUUUGGAGGCAAGACCGUAGUACUCGGUGGUGAUUUCAGACAAAUACUGCCAGUGAUCCCUAAAGGUUCAAGGCAAAACAUUGUUUCAGCUUCAAUUAACUCUUCGUACCUUUGGGAUUCAUGUCAAACAUAUCUAAGUUGUGAUACUGUGUGCAAAGCUGAUUCUGGCAAUGGUAUCCUCGCUGAUAUGCACACUCCUGAGUUCCUAAAUGGCUUGAAAGCAUCUGGCAUACCUAACCAUGCUUUAACUUUAAAGGUGGGAUCUCCGGUUAUGUUGUUAAGAAACAUAGAUCACUCGAUGGGUCUAUGUAAUGGUACAAGACUUAUCAUCACCAGAUUAUCUGAUCAUGUUGUGGAGGCAAAGAUUGUUUCAGGGAAUAAUGCAGGCCAAAUUGUCUUGAUACCAAGAAUGUCAAUGACCCCAACUGAUACAAGAUUACCUUUUAAAUUUCAAAGAAGACAAUUUCCUUUGAUGCUAUCAUACGCAAUGACUAUCAACAAAAGUCAAGGGCAAACAUUGACACAUGUUGGCUUACUAUUAAGGAAACCGGUCUUUGUUCAUGGUCAACUAUACGUGGCUGCUUCAAGGAUUAGCAACCCUAAAGGUCUACGAUUGUUGAUAGCAAAUGAAGGUACUAAGAGUAUUAACUAUACUACAAAUGUUGUGUACCAUGAAGUUUUUAAUAAUUUGUAA